UUUAAUUUUGUAUGGAGCAUGCGCAUUGUGCACAUGUAACGGUUCAUCUGCAUGUGCGUGUGACAUUUGUGUGUGUGUGAGUAUGCAUGAUUGUGCGUCAGAAGCAGCGUAAAAGAAAAUUGUUUUCAGUUUCAGUUGCUGCCAGCAUUUGUCGCACAGCGCGGACCUAACGACAAAAGCAACGUUAUUUGUAAGGAAAUAUAGACAUACGACUAAAAAAUACAAAAAAAAAAAAUAUAGGAAAAACUUUAAACCACAAGUGGUGGACAAGAGUUGAACAAUAAACGCUACAAAACGGAAUAACGUUGGUGCUAAUUGAGUUGAUGUUGAUGACAUGCAAGGGAAAAGAAUUUGCGCCUUCCGUUCGAGUUUACAACUGAACAACAGCAACAAGAACAACGGCAACACCAACAACAAUAAAUAAUCAAGUACAACACAGAGGCAUCAGCGAGAAACAGCGCGAGAGAGAGAGAGAGAGGGAGAGUGCUGUACACCCACAUAGAGUGAAGAAUCGGAUGUGUGUGUGCGUGUGUGUGGACGCCUUUUCAAUAUGGAAGACCUUUUUCUGCUAAUUAUCAAGGAGUCAACGGGCACCAAGCACAACGCGCUGCGACAAACGGCGCAAAUUGCUUACGAUAAACUUUAUCGACAACAUGGCAUACAUAGAGAUCCGUCGCAUGAGCUGCGCUCCGUUUGCUUUACGGCACUGCAAAUGGCCUUGGACACGAAGCGGCCAAAGUUCAUCACAAUGGGGCUCAAUGGUCUGCAUCGCGUCAUCAAGGACGAACGCUUCUACAUCGGUCUGGAGCCGGAAGAUGAUUCAGUGUGGCUACCAUCGCAACUGCUGCGUGCCACAAAUGGCAUUCUGCCAUCGACGAGCAGCGAGGACACUGUGGUGAAUGUGUUGCGCCUCUUUCUGGCCAUGGCCUGCUCACCGGCGUGCACGCUAAAUGGUCGACUACUUAUUGAGAUACUUUCACGAUGUGGUGAAUGUUGGGAGAUGGGUUCGAGAGCCACCAAGGCUGCCUCGCUGGCCGCUGCCUCCCAAUGUCUACGAACAUUCUGUGCAUUUCUUAUCGAGGAGGCCGAGGAGGUUAAGAAGACAGCGCCAGCUGGUCUAAUGACACAGACUCAGGCCUCGGCCGUUUAUAAUGAGGUGAUACCCGUGAUGCAGUGGCUCUGUAGUCGCCUUGUAGAACCCAAUGUCAACAAUGCGUCCCCGAACAAGAAAUGCGAAAAUCCCAGCUCGCUUUAUCUCACCGAAUGCAUACUAACGCUCAGCUCGGCGCUACCCCGCAAUGUGCACGCCAAUCCACACUUUACUUCAUUCCUCUGGCAGAAAUUCUGUCCUACGCUGGCCGCCGCCCUCGGCUCACCCGGUCGGAUUAACUUGGACAAAAAGUUUACUUACAAGGAUGCUCUACACAUGAUUGAAAAUGAGGCGCGUGGUUUUUUCACUGGACCCGGCUUAGAUGGACCGCAAGCGCGUUGCGUUUACUUGACGGCUAUUCAGCUACUGCGCAUUGCCGGUGCACAUGGAUCGCUGCGACCGAUGCUGGAGGCGUUGUUCCAUCGCAUGGUAUUACUGCCGGCACCGCUGAAUCGCACAGAGCCAUUAAGAUGUGUGCGUGAGAUCUUUAAGAGUCCCGAACGGCUUAUAGAUCUAGCCGUGAUACUUUAUGUGGACAAAAAUACGGCGCAAGGCUGCAGCGAUGAGAUGGCGCUUUUCCGACUGCUGGUGGAUGCUAUGGAGGAGUGCGCCUAUGGGGCCAGCGCGGGUAGUGCCACUGAGGCAAGUCUGCAAGCGAGCGUGGAGUGCAUGGUGGCGCUCUUGGAUAGUCUACAGGUGUUGUGCAGCGGUGAGCUGACAGAGUCCAUGAUAAGCGAUCAGAUUGUGCAGGUUGUGAAUGCGCGACAUGAGCUGCUAAAGGAUGCGGACUACUCGGGACCGUUGACAUACCAGAGCAUGGCUCGACUGCCGGCUCCAUAUCGGGAUGCCAUUGUGGAGUUUCGGCAGAAUGUGUUUGAGACGUCAUCUGGAUCAGAGAGCGAAUGCGAUCCGCCACAUGAACAAGAUGCGGCUUCAAAUGGUUCCGGUGACACCGAAGGUCCUGAGGAUGAUGAGCCUAGCAGCUCGAGCGAUGAGACAUCUCGUGUGGAAAAUCGAUGGCCGUAUUCCCACCUCGAGGCGCCUGUCAUGCCCAUUCGAACGGACAGCGACAACGAUCGUCAGCAUGCACGCGAUUUUGCCAAGGCUUUGCGCCAGGAUCUGGUGCCGAAGCUACUGCGUUUGCGCAGCUGCGUCGAACUGGAUGAGGCAAUGCAGGAGUUUGCAUCCGCUGUUUGCCAGGAGAACAGCAUGAAUUUCUCCGACUUUGAUUACAAUUUGACGGCAAUCAAUGCGGAUGGCAUUUAUUUGGCCAUAUAUUCAUCGUUGUUGCUUAGCUUGCAGCUAAUGCGUGCUGGCUACUAUGAUCAGCAGCCGUCCAAGGAUAUACUGGUGCCCAUGUCGGAGCAACAAUUCGUUACCUCCGUGCAGAACACUGGGGUGCUCGUCUACCUCUCAUCGCCCUGGCUGUGCGAGCUCUAUCAGUCGGUCAUCGUUUGCAAUAUAAUGGAAGCCAUGACCCGACAACAGUUGGAGGGCAGUGGACCACGUUGUGCGUUGGUCGACAUGCUGUGCGAUGCUGGCGGCUUGGCCACCACUCAAAUGUUAUCCGAAUGGCAGCGCCUGCAGACGGCAACGGUGAAGCACAGUGACAAUGAGCAGCAUGACAAACGGCGGGAGGCGGCAAAGAAAUUGUGCCGUCGUCUGUUGACUUGCUGCUGGGAUUCUAUGGUGAUUGUGCUUAGCUCGGGUUUGGGCGAUCUACAAAGCACUGCAUCCAACAAGCUGGUGGCUCUCUCCAAGCGCACACUGCGCGUCAAGGCAAAAGCCAACAAGUCCAACGGCGAAGCUCUCUAUGCCAUGUGCUUGGACGGUCUACAUUCGGCCGCAACACUUAGCAACAGCCUCAACCUGCAGCAUUUGGCCGGCAAAAUACUCAAUUUGUUGGCCUCCAAUGUUUGCCAGACAAGUGGACCACGCAUCUCUGCGAGCCAAGCCAUGUCCAUGGAUGUAGUGCUCACUGGUGGUCUCAAUCUAGGCAGCUACAGCGCUGAUUGCUGGCAGAGCAUCUUUGCGGUGUGCCGCCAUGUUAGCCAACUGGAGCACGAGAUCUUCAGCAUGCAGAAUCCGUCAAUAGCCGCCUCGCCAGGCAGCAGUCGGCGGGAUCUGGAGACGGGUGAAAAGCUUAAUAAUGGCAAUGCUUUGGAUAAGUUAAAUCUAUCCUCUAUUCCCAUUGAUGAUGAUGAAACGUGCGUGGAUGUGUAUAGCUUCUUGCAAGCACCAUUGCAGAGCCCCAACACGAAUAUCACAUCCAUAUUGAAAGUGUACUCGGGCACCAAUGAAACUGUGUUGCUUAGUCAGAGCGAUACAUCGAAGGUGCUCUGUGCACUCUCCCACCAAGCCGAGAAUCUGUUUAGCGAUGCGGCCGAAAGACUUAGCCUUCCGUCAUUGUGUCAAUUCCUGAAGCAUCUGUGUCGCGCCUCACGUGAUCAGCUCUACAAGAGUCAGGUGACACGCAAGGGUGGCAGCACACGCAUUUGGUGGCCAAGCAAAGGCUGGAAAAAGUUGGAUUCGCUACCCAUGUCCCUGCUACUGCAUCGCAUUGGCGAUGUUACGCUCAAAGUAUUUCGCAGCUCACGACCCCUACUACAUGUAUUAAAAGUUUGGGCCAUAACAGGACCGCAUUUAAUGGAUGCUGCCUGUCAUCGGGAUCGCAUGAUCUCGAAGCGUGCCAUCGAGUAUAUACAUGAUAUAAUAACAGCAUUGCUGGUGGAGCAAUCGGAGCUGCCAUAUUUCCACUUCAAUGAGGCUCUGCUAAAGCCGUUCGAGAAUCUACUUAGCAUGGACACGUGCGAUGUGGAUGUGCAGGACCAAAUUGUGGCCUGCUUGUAUGAGAUUGUUGAGGCGCAUCGCACCGAGAUACGAUCUGGCUGGAGGCCAUUGUUUGGAACGCUUCGAAAUGCUCGCAGUCGCAUGUUAAACAUGAGCAACAUUAUCGACAUCUUUAGGGUGUUCCUGGACUCUGAUAAUACGCUAGUCUUUGCUAAUGCUGGACUCGACUGUAUACUUUGUCUGUUGUCCUAUCUGGAGAUCUCUGGUGGCGGUGGACCCAAUAAUAAUGCCUGCGGCGAAGAUAAUGAUAAUACAUUCAGACCAACAGAUUUUUUGCAUGAGACAUUGCGCUUCUUGGAGCGAUGCUCGAGCAUUUUGGGCUUUAUGUACAGCAUGCCCAAGUGCCCAAAUUUUCAUUCCACAUACAAGAUCAAAGGCAUCUCGUAUACACAUAUCAUAGACGCCAACAUACCAAGCUCCAUGGAGAAUUUUACAUAUUUUGGCAACGAUUAUCUACAGACAAAGAACGAACAAUAUAUGAUCUCAUAUCGAUCGCUACACAUUGACAAGGACACGAUUGUGAAGAUUGAUGAAAUGGAUAAGCCGUCGGGAGUGCUCAAAGUGUGGUUCUUGCUGCUGGACGGCUUAACAAAUUCCCUGAUUGUCUGCCCCUAUUCACAUCAGGCGCCAAUUCUGCAAACGAUCUUUAAGCUAUUCAAAAAUCUAUUAACCACUCCAGGCAUCGAUUUUGGAUUUUAUUGCAUUAAUCAUCUGUUGAUACCCAUGAUACAAGAUUGGCUGCGUUAUAUUAACAAAACAUCAGCCAGCUGGCAGCUGAUAGAGAAGAAUUUUAAGCAUUGUUGCUGUAUGACCACCGAUUUGGUUGUGGAGUUCAUUGAGAAAUCUGUGCCAGAACAACGACGUCUGGGUGCCAGUAUUAAGACGCGUUUAGCACAAAUCGUACAUCCCGCCGAUAAUCUAAUUUACUCCAAGCUCAAGUUUGUCACCGAACAGGUGCCAGCGACGGAGCAGCCCAAUAGCACCCAGUACGAUAGCAGCUCCAGCUGCGCCAGUGAUGAGCACAAUAAUUGCAACAGUACCAGCAACAGUAACAACAAUCCGAUUGAGUCACCCACAAAAAUAUCUAGCUCGGCAACGUUGGCAUUAAAGCAACUAUUGCUGGUGCUCAUUGAGUGUGCGGCACAAUCGCAGGAGGCGAUUGCCAGGAUAUCAGUUUCCUGCUUGAAGCAUGUUAUACUCUCCACUGGCAUGCUGUUUAACGAAUCACAGUGGAUGAUUGCUUGCUCGGCUAUACAUCGAGCGUGUACGGUGACUAUUGCGCCUCUGCGUCAGCUCUCUUUUGCAUUUCACGAGAAAUCCAAUAGCUUCUAUGGUGACUGUGCCAAUGUGAAGGUUGCCGCACGACGUGAUAGCACACUCGAGGAGCUGGCACGUAUCUAUGCCCUUGCCCAGCAGGUCUUUCUUUCGGACAACCAGCGUGAGCCGAACCAAUCACAGGGACCGGGUCAGGCAGCACCACCUACAGCUCCUGGUGGAGGCGGUGGUGGCCAGUGCAAAAGCAGCUCAUCCAGCUCUGCCCAGCUAUCGGAUGAUCGCAGCUAUUCAUUUCUCUUAUAUCCACUGAACAAUGGCUUCAAUUCAAAUCUGGAUAACUUUGUCAUACGUAUUCCAUUCAAGAAUCUUGUGGUGGGUCUGCUGGCAAAUCAAAUGUUGCUUCAGCUGGUGGCAAAGUUGUUGCUAUCACGACUCAAAUGUGUCCCCCAGGCAGUCUCCACUUGUAUCUUUGAUAAUUACGCGGCAUCGGCAUCAACGCCCAGUCACGAUUACGAUCUGGAUUUUCGCUCCAAGGAGAUCUUGUUGCGCUGCGUCAAACAAUAUCUAAUGUCCGCCUUGGAGUUUGACUCGCGUCCCGGACUCAAGUUUCUAAUGCAGAAAGUGUCAAAUAUUGAAUACGCCGCCAAUUUGUACAAGCAAAUGACCUCAUCCUGGAUGAUCUACUACAUAGCAUUGGUUGACUCCCAUCUUAACGAUAUUGUGGUAUAUAAUUUGGGUGCCGAGGAUCUUAAUUUCAUAUUGGAAUCAUGUUCAAGGCUGAACACCACCACAGUUAAAAAGAAGGAGAAUUUUGUGCGCUACUUGUUUUGCCUUCAGGACGCCUGGAAUUUGGUGUGUGAACUCUAUCUGAGCAAUUCGGCGUUGCAUGACAUCGAAAAUGGCAAAUUCCGAACCCAGCAGAAGCUGCCUAUGCACAUGGCCGCCAAAUCCAUGUGCAUCGCCCUCAAUGGCAAUGGAGAUGCGGCCAGCAGCAGCGCAAAUAAUCACACGGAUGCCACCACCGAUGGCAACGGAUCCUUGGGUAGCGGUAGUGGCAACAACUCAACAUCCCCAAGCAAGUGUGUGCAGCUGGAGGAGGAGAAUGUGACAAUGACAACGCUAAUAAGUGAAUUCCAACCAAAGUGUCGCAGCAAUCCAUUUGAUACAAAUCGCCAGGCGGCCAAAACGGAGGCGGAGUCCAUUUCACCGGAGAUCGAGCAACAGCGGGCGACGAGCAUUUUAAAAGAUUCGAAUUAUAAGCGAGCAGCGCUCGCCCAACUGGUGGUGGCCUCCAUGGAGCUGCUGCGCUCGUUGCCCAACGAGGCUGAGGAUAAUCUAAAGCUGCUGAUGACGCCCACCAUUAGGGAAGCCUUUCGCCUUGUCCAGCUGCAGGGCAAUGAGCUGAAGGUUAACCAGUUUUAGGCAAUGCUUGUUGAGUUUUAUUUUGAUCUGUAGGCGCAACUAACACAUGCCCCUACACCCCUUUCUAUCUAUCUCUAUCUCUCUCUCUCUCUGUGUUUUCCUCUCUUUCUUUCUGUUUACAUAUGCAUUAUACUUUGUAUCCUUCGUCUGCUUGCAAGGUAGGAAAGGAAUAAAUCAUUUACACGCUGCCCAACGACCUACAUACUAUAUCCACAUUGUCUUGCUCAACAAAACCUAAGUUUAAAGUUGCUUUUUUGAUCAGGCGUGUAGCAGUUUUGCAUAACGGUUAAGGUCAAGGCUACGUUAAUAUCGCACGCUUUCUCAAUCUUUCUCUCUCUAUUUCACACACACACACACACACACAAAUUGUGUCUCGUACUCAACCUAUCUAACCGCCGCCUGCAUUUUCUACCACAGCAGGCAAACCAUUUCAAAGUAAAAGCUCAACAUGUCGGCACAAAUCAAACUGAACGAAAGUACAACUCAAAAGCUGCUAUAUAAUAAGAAAAGAAGUUGAGGAGAAAGUAGAUAUAGAUAAACAUAGAUGAUGAUGAAGCUGAAGCAGCGUAAACAACGUAGUCCUGUACAUUGUAACUAAUUAGCAACCUUAGCACUUUUUCUAUUCCAACCCAAAACAACGCCACCACAGCACUAUCCCAUAAAAUCCAUUAUAGUUAAAUAUAGUCGUCUGUUUCUUAUGUGCACUUCCAAAUGCUAUAAAAUUCUUUCCCUCCUCUCUCUCUCUUUUUCUCUCUACUUAUUUCAAAUCUUUUUUACUAAAGAAGCUUGAAAGUUUUAGAACUUUUCUAAUGCGUAAUGUGAAAUCAAAAAUAUUUGUAAUAGUGGAACAUGUGUACUAUAUCAUCGAUCGCUAUUAUGUGUUGUGCCUAUGUAGCUAACCUAAAAAAUUAAAAGAAACCAAUGAAAUAUAAAAGGAAAACAAAAUAUUUUUGAUGGCCUUUAUGCGUAGAGCAGCGCCAUAAUCGAGUUAUAAAUGUAUGAAUGUCAGCCUAUAUAAAUACAAUUUUAUGUAUCUUAGCUUAAGAACCGCUUCAAACUUCUAUAUAGCUCGUAUAAUUUAGCUAUAGCUACAAAUUAUAUCAAUUUAUACUUAAAGUCCUAUAAUGAAACUGUCAGCCACAAAACUGUAUAAACGAUGGUAAGGCAAUUACUAAUUAUAAGGUCUGCUCCUUUAAUUGUAAUCAAAUUAAAAGCAGAUCUUAACUUAUAAUAAAAUGUAAAAAAAAUAUACAUACUAAUAAUAUUGUACUUACAUACAUAUAUUGUAUUUCAGCUCAAUGUUAUAUACAAAUGCUACUUGAAAGGACUAAGUGUAUACUCUCUUAUUAUAGUUAUUAAUUUGCAUAAAAAAACAUAGUAUAACAUAAGUAUGUAUAUACAUACAUACAUCAAUAACAUUAUAUGAAACAAACGUAAACAUAAAGCGAAUGUUAACUAACACAAAAUCAGUGCCGCCCAUUAAUCCACGAUUACCACCAUUAAUAAUUAGUCAAAGACAUACACAUACAACUCUACACACACAGACACACACACACAGACACACAUACAUAUACAUAGACAGACACACAUACACACACAGACCUAUAAAGCCUAGAGUACUUUAUGCAUACGUUUCACGUAUAUUGUAUGUGACCAGUAGUCCCGCGCUGCCUUUAAACUAGCAUACAUGUUGUACCAGUGUGCGUACCUAAGAGAAAUACAAACCUUACAAAAUCUCAGACACUUUGCACUAUCGUCGCUUCUUAGCCUCUGUUUAAUAUUUAAUAGCUUUAAAAUUCGUUUUUGCCCAGCUACAAAGCCCCUUUAUAUGAAAUAAAAAUUAGAAAAAUCCAUACGUAAACACACUUGAAACUACAUAUUGAUAAAAAUAUAUAUAUACAUUUAUAUCUUUAUAUAUACUUAGUUAUAUGCAUAUUUAAAGAGCUAAAAGAGUUAUAUAGCUUUAUAUAAAUGUACUUAUAUGUAAUAUAGUUGCUUCCGGGAUAUAUACUCUUUGUUGUAAAUGUCUAAACGAAAGAAAAGAUACAAAAUCUUUUUUAUAUAAGUAUAUAAAACUAUAAAUGUAUAUGGAAACUAUAUUAGGUACAGUACUACAAAUCUAUACAUACAUGCAAGUACUAUAUACAUACCUACUUAUACAUAUAUAUAUAUUGUCGCUUCUUGUGUUAUAUACCUGGCCAUCUCUAACUCUCUCUAUUUAACUAUUAACUUGUACUAUCUUGUAACUAUAUACUUAUAAGUGCGAAAAGUAUCCAUAGGAACUGUUGAUACCAGAAAAUGAAAGAGAACAAAGAAGCGAAGUUAUAUGAAUUAUUUAAAUGCAAGCUACUUAGUAUGUACUUUAACUCUCCAAGAGUGCAUUCGUAAUACAUAUGGAUGAAAAUACAAAAUUAAACAACGCUUUCGCCACUUUACUAAAACACA